AUGUCGUUUCAGAUUGAAUGGCCCACCCUCGAUGAGAUUACAUUGGAGAAAAUCAAGGCACAAAUUACUGAGGUCAUGAACAAGGGCGAGCUUCCAGAUGCAAUCUGUGACGUCAUGCGGGUGACCGACCUCGACCUUGGGAACAUCGCACCCACGCUCCAGUUCAUGGACAUCCCCGACGUGUCCGAGGACGGAUUCGAGGGGCACUUCAAGGUGGCCUACGCCGGCAACGGCAGCAUCACCCUCCAGACCAAAGUGCAGGUGAACCCUUUCGCGGCCAAGACAGUGCCGAGCAAGCGGGCACUGCGACACCUGGGCGGUCUCAUCGCCCACGAGCCGAUGGUGGUGCCGCUCCGCAUCACCAUCUCGCAGGUGCGGAUCGACGGCGACCUCGUGCUCAACAUCAAGAAGCGCGCCAAGGCCCACGACCCGCGCAGCGACGGCAGCCUCAUCCUCGAGAACACCAACACCGCCGUCAGCGCUCCGGCGGCGGACAGCGAGCUGUCGAUACCGCACAUCGCCGCGCAGUUCAAGGUCGACCCGCUGCAGAGCGUGAACAUCUCGUCGAGCUUCGACGACUUUGGGUCGGUGAAGGACUACCUGCAGGAGCAGGUCGAGGGUUCCCUGCGCAAGCUCUUCGUCGAGGACUUCCCGCAGAUCGUGAGCGGCAUCAACAAGCAGCUCGAGACCGCCGCUCACGCGAAGCACAACACCGUCGUCGUGCUCGCCCCCAAGUGA